GGCUUCGUCCUUCUGGAAGUGAAAGCACAAACGUUGUUCAAUCCACCUGCUGAAGUAGUUGUUUCUCCUCUUCUUUGCACUGCUCUCGAGCUAAAAGGUGGGCUCGCUCUGAACAUUCCUCUCUACUGAUGGUUAAAAUACUUGGUGUUCUUAGGCUUGAUAUAUUUGGUUUCCGCUUCACGGGUUUGCAUAAAAAAUACCUUGCUCUUGAAUAUUCAGAGAGGAAUUGGACGUUAUGCCAAGCCAUGUUAUUACAUAUCAUCCUCCUCUGUCAAUCUGCUUGCAGUUCCCCUCACUCUCUAACGGUGGGACACAACCCCUCGUUCAUGUAACACUUCCCAUUUCUAAUGGAGUCUGUGUGAUUUCUUUCUCGAGUUCGUUUCUCAAGUGAGGUCGCAGCGGGGUAUCACGCGGGAAAGCUCCUAGCGACUGUCCUUCGUUCUUUCAUUUUUAUUCGUCGUGUUGCGAUGUAUUGAUUUGCGAUCUGUAUUUGAGGUGUGCAUGUCACUUUGGGCAUCUUAUCCGUUGGCAAGGCAGUGUCCCUCGCCCUGAAGCACAGCAUAUGCAGGCACGCACGAUAAUAUGGCACACAAUGCAGCUUUGACACAUUCUUGAACCACAUGCGUUCGUUGAACAUUGCCUUCCAGAUCUCACUGCAUUGGCUUAUCAGAAUACCCACUGCUGUACCCAAAUAUUGCUGCUCAAUACCUUACCUCGUUAGUCAUUUCCAAUGACUUCUUCGUGGGGGUUGCAGUUCUUUCCCGAUUGUUUUUCGUGGGAUUGGAAGGACAAAGUGGUGAUAGUGACACUCUGUGCCGACGACGUCUGCAAAGAGGGCGGGGAAACAUGUCGUGCCUUCAAAGUGGUUCUAUAUUUUGCACGCCGCACCAAACGUUUCUCGACACGACUCAAAACAAAGUCCUUGAUGGCUACUUCUGUCCCUUUCUUUGUGCAGAAAUCGCGGUGCCUCAGCAUAUUGGUGAGAGUCAUGUUUCUAUUUGAGCGACGACCAUCGGCGAUUUGAAGAAGAGGCCAUUCUCGUUGCGGAGGGACCUGUGUAAUGAUGAAGCUGUGAGGCACGUCAAUUAUUGCAAUCGCAGCUCAUCUAGCCUUAACUUAUGGGUUUAUAUAAGAUCUAGUUUCCAGACUGUCCACCAAAUAUCAAGUUUUCAGACUUCCCACAUUCAACUUGGGCUACAUUUUACAAUUUUCAUAUUCCCUCACCUACUUGACAACAUGUCGGAAUCCAAAAACCCGACGGUGAUUCUGAAUUCAACCACCGUCCUUAACCGGCUUGGGGAAACAGCUGUUCUCUCGGCUUUCCUUUCGGAUGUUCAUUUCGUCACUAUUCUCCCUGGUGAAGAACUCCUUAGCCACACUGCUAGCAUCACUAAGUUCUUGAUUGAGUUCAACGAUGGAGGAGCCACUCCAGACACCUUCUUCGGGAAAACCAAUGACUCGUAUCUGGAGCUUCCCAAUGGCAGUGUGAUUGUGCUACGCGUCGGCGAAGAGCAGAAUAUCGUUCUGGACAUCUACGUCUCUCACCCAGAUGCGCCACCUGAUACACCUCCAAAGACAAUCCCGCUCACGCCAAUCGGCGUGCCUUCCACCAAGAUCGAUACGAGUCUUGCUCAAACUCAAAAGGAGUCUAAUGCCAUCCUUGAUAAGUUUUUCAAGGUCAUCAACGACCCAAAGGGCAACGCAUUCCCUACCGCUGCAUUCAAAGCCUUACUCAACGGGCCCGGCAACAAGCUCGGGGACUCCAGCAAAGAUAAGCCAGACAAGUUUGACCAGCUAACGAAGCUGUUGAUGGGUGGUGAGGCUUCACCAACGGACCAGGUAAAAGCCGGCACUAUGCCCGUGGCGCCAGCCAUCCUUGUGAAGCCUGCCGAUGGCUCCUCGGAUGACAUUGCGCAGAAGUACACAAUGUCAACGCUGUUGCAAGGAGUUUCUGUUCUGUGCGAGAAUAUUCUCCGAAUACAGCUCAUGGCAAAGCAGGGUCGAACCACGCCGUACGACAUCAGCGAUCCGGCACAAGCUUGCUUGGCCAUCAAGGAGAAUGCCGAUCUCGCUUAUCAAGUUGCCAUUGGAGGACUGUCCGGAUACUACAUCACCACAUCGCAGACUUCGAACAGCUACUCGAAGGAUGUCAGCAGCGCCAACUUCCAGCUUGAGUUCACAAGUGAUCUAUUCAAGCCGUUCGAUCUCACCGCAGAAGCUUUAACGGAGAUCUCGGGCGUUCUCGCUCAGUACAUAUCCUCGAUCGCCAGCAUCAAGCUGGAUUCCACCAGCACCAACAAGGAAAUCACGCACUUCGUUCGCAGCACAAUGAUCACCAAGCGCAACGUCUCUGGAGAUGACAAGAAUCCAAUCUGGGUGUGGCAGCCUUGUACCAAGCUCAUCUACAUGCACAUCGAUACUCAGGCCUACUUCGAAGCUACUUCCAGCUGCCUGGGGCAUUCCGAAACGGAGACCUUUCACUACGACAUGGAGUACACGGUCUAUCAAGCUGACAUCAAUUAUGAUCAGGUCGUGAACAAUCAGACUACGCUGAACACAGCUUUCGAGACCGUGACAAAACAAAAUGCGCUUCAGUUUGCGCAGAAACCGGGAAUCAGUACAGAGGUGAAAGGCGGGGAUGGGGAUGGCGGGUCCGGUGGUGGGGAUGGAGGAGAUAAUGGUCUUCUCAGUAAGAAGACUGAUCACUGAAGCUUCAAAACUCUGAUGUAGGAGGGUCUGGCAUUGAAGUUAUCGACCCGUCAUGGCAGAGGUUGGGGGGCGUGGGGGUUGAGGAAUGACAAAAACGACGGACAAAAGUACUGUGGUUUGGAUCAGGGCUGGCAACAACGAACACACUCUUUUAAAAAUUAGAUAGUAUCUACCACUGGCUACCUCAAUGCUGUGUAGACACAAUUAUCUUUUGCCUCAACUUCAUGGGGCUGCAAUGCAAGACAGUGAUUGAAAGUCAC